GAAUUUUAUUUGAUUUAAUUCCAUCUUUGGGUUGAUAUCCAAUCAAAGCACUGAUUCAUCAACUAUUACCACUCUCACCCUCCGCCGCAGACAGAGCGAGAGACAAUGCCGGAGGAAACAACGUCGAUCGACUACGUCAUGGAGGCAGCUUCCGGCCCCCACUUCUCCGGCCUCCGUUUCGACGGCCGUUCACCGUCGUCUCCGUCAACCUCAACCACUCCUCCCGCCGAUUCAACCCUCGAUUCCCUUCUUCCCAAUCCACCCUUCGUCAUUGGUGUUUCCGGUGGUACCGCUUCUGGAAAAACCACCGUCUGCGACAUGAUCAUUCAGCAGCUUCACGACCACCGCGUCGUGCUCGUCAAUCAGGACUCGUUUUAUCGCGGGUUGAAGCCUGAAGAGCUUGAACGCGUUCACGAGUACAAUUUCGAUCAUCCUGAUGCUUUUGACACUGAGCAGCUGUUAGAGUGUAUGAGGAAACUCAUCAGUGGCCAGAUUGUUCAAGUUCCCAUUUACGAUUUUAAGAAGCAUCAACGCUCUUCUGAUAGUUUUCGUCAGGUCAAUGCCUCUGAUGUCAUCAUAUUAGAAGGAAUUCUUGUGUUCCAUGAUCAAGGUGUCCGCGAUCUGAUGAACAUGAAGAUCUUUGUUGAUACAGAUGCUGAUGUGCGGCUUGCUCGUAGAAUUAGACGUGACACUGUGGAGAGGGGCAGGGAUAUAAACUCUGUUCUUGAACAGUAUGCAAAGUUUGUUAAGCCUGCAUUCGAUGAUUUUGUUCUGCCAUCAAAGAAGUAUGCUGAUGUGAUCAUUCCUCGUGGAGGUGAUAAUCAUGUUGCCAUUGAUUUGAUUGUGCAACAUAUCCGCACAAAGCUUGGUCAGCAUGAUCUAUGCAAAAUAUAUCCAAACGUGUAUGUUAUUCAGUCUACAUUUCAGAUAAGGGGGAUGCAUACAUUGAUUCGUGACAAAGACAUAUCAAAGCAUGACUUUGUAUUUUAUUCAGAUCGACUUAUACGCCUGGUUGUUGAGCACGGUCUAGGUCAUCUGCCUUUCACUGAAAUGCAAGUGGUUACUCCAACAGGGUCUGUCUAUACUGGUGUUGAUUUCUGCAAGAAAUUGUGUGGUGUUUCAAUUGUUCGAAGUGGUGAAAGCAUGGAAAAUGCCCUUCGUGCAUGUUGUAAAGGCAUUAAAAUUGGAAAAAUUCUGAUUCACCGGGAUGGAGACAACGGAAAACAGCUUAUAUAUGAGAAGCUUCCUAAGGAUAUUUCAGAACGGCAUGUCUUGCUUCUUGACCCUGUCCUUGCUACAGGUAACUCUGCCAACCAGGCAAUUGAAUUGCUCAUUCAGAAAGGAGUACCAGAGUCCCAUAUUAUAUUUCUGAAUCUCAUUUCUGCUCCUGAGGGAAUCCAUUGUGUGUGUAAAAGGUUCCCAUCAUUGAAAAUUGUCACAUCUGAGAUUGAUGUUGCAUUGAAUGAAGAGUACCGUGUUAUCCCGGGAUUGGGCGAGUUUGGCGACCGCUACUUUGGCACUGAUGAUUGACCAUGCAGCAUGUCCUAAGGUGGAGACACCUUUUGAUAUAUCAGUUGCUUGAUUAAGAACUUGAAAUGCAGCUCACUGCAUUAUAAUCAUACAUUAGAUUCAGCAUUAGCCAGUUUGGCUGUGAUUUGAGGCAAGCAUAUUAGAAUAAUAUGAAUGCAACUCGCUCUUAGUUUGAUUUGCAGCUUAUUUGCAGCUUAGAAUAAUAUCAAUCCUCUCAUCUUGAUGUUCAUACAAAAAAAUUGGAGUAAAACAUUCCACUUAGUUCAGUGAAGGUUACGUGGAAAAUAUUGCUUAGUUAACAAUACAA